ACAGUGAAGUUUGUAUUGAUGCCAAGCGGACAAGUAGUAACUCUAGCCUGUAGUCUAGGCCAGUCUCUUUCUCAGCUUAAAGACCAUUUCUCUCAGGAGUUAAAGAUGCCAGCAGCCAGUAUUUUACUUAUGUUUGAUGGUAAAACGUUACCUGAUGAGACCAUACUAGCUGAUCUAGGUGUAGGACCUAAUGGUACGGUACAGUUAGAAAUGCAGUCAGCUGAUCCUUUAUCUACCCCUAUUAAACCCUAUAAACCUCGACAAGAAUAUCAUAUGCCUGAUAUCAUUACAGUUAAAAUAGAAGCAGGUAGUGGUAGUCGAGAUGUUAUCGUAGAAAUAGAACGUAGUAUGAAUAAAAAACCUUUCCUGGGUGGAUAUCGUCACAAAGUGUCAGGAGUGGAAUUCUUAAACGCGUCUGCUCAAACUCGACCAAAAGUUCGUCCCCCGAAUAAUAUCGAACGAUUCUGUCGGGAUACACAGACGGUACAUCAGAAGAACAGACCUCAACAAACCACUAACGAUAUGUCUACUCAAAUGACUGGUAUCGGGGUGUAUGUCGCUAAUCUAGAAGAUAAAAUGAUCAUACCUGGCAAAUAUGUGACAGCUGAUGAGUUCCAUGCUAGAAGAUGGAAAAUGGUUGUCAUCAUUCAGAAAUAUUACCGUCGUUGGUUAGCUAAACGGUAUGUGAACACUCUGAAAGCAGAGAAAGCCAGGAGACUGGAAUGGGAAAGAGCAGAAGAGUUGAGAAAAAAGAAAGAAAAAGAAGACAGAAUUAAACGAGAAUUUGAGAGAAGAAUGAACCCUAAUAGCAAGGAAGAUUUUGACCUCUUGUUCCAUGCUUUAGAAAAAUGGAGAAAGGAAGAAAUAGAGCGUAUAGAACUGAGUUUAACUGGAGCUGAGAAGAAGGCAGCACUAUGUAUGUUAUUAGAUCAGGAAACUCAACUACUAGCUGCUAUAGAUAGACAUAAACUAGAAGCUGAUAAAUCUAAUAAAACUAAACGAAUUCAAGAUUUCUUGGCUAAGGCAGCCGCACCUAAGAAAUGGAAAGCGCGAGAUGGAAAGUAUGUUGAGAUGGAUACACCAUAUACCAUCAGAGCCAAGGAAUUACAGGAUAUUUAUAAUAGCAUUAAUAUGAAAUACUUAACACAAGAUGAGAGACUGGAUGUUCUAUUAACAUUAAAACAUACAGUCAAGGAACAUGAUUGUAAACUAACUCAAGAAAUAAUCGAGCUGAUAGAUCGUGAAGCUGAUUUAUUAAUGAGAGGUGUUAAAGAAGAUAAUCUGGAUGGAUUAAGGAAAAGAAUAUCUACAUUAGUUUUACAAUAUAUUAAAACACCAACCUUCAACCCAGAGUCUGCCAAAUUACUUAAGAUUCCACAAGAUCCAUCCGUAUUACGUAAAAAUAUCUACUUCUGUCCCAGUUGUAAUAGUUAUCUCCCCUCAACGGAGUUCCCGCUUUCUUCCAACUCUACUAAUGUUGGUAAAUGUAGACGAUGUGCCAAGAUUGAUAACGACGCUAGGAUACGUCAAGAUUUCAGUCACUAUAGAUACAUGUUAAAAUCGUUACGUCGAUCAGAAGAGGGUUAUAAUGAUGGCAGUGAAAUUGCUUUCUUACUACAGGAGGCUGAUUUACGGUACCUAGUUGAAAAUAUCUGGAAUGGUCAGAGCGUGCUCAGUGCCUGGGAAGAUUUGUACGAUCUAGUAAUGGUACGCUGGAAUAAACAUGAAGAAUGGUCACCAUGGAAUUGUAUUUUCUUAACCAAAGACGAGGCGUCUGCUCACGAUAAAUUGUCUGCUCUAGAAGAGGGAUAUGGUCAAGUCUUCAUCCACAAGAUUAAACAGAAACAUACCUUGGCUAGAAAUUAUUUCUCACGUCUGCCGGGCAUGGCUGAGAUUAUC